AUGAAUUUAUCUUUACACGCUCUACUCGGGUUUGGCAGUGACGUGAACGCACUCCAGUGGCAGUGUAGUGGCUCCAUCAUCAGCGAACGGUUUAUUUUGACAGCCGGUCACUGCACCUAUACACGUGAACUAGGUCCAGUUACGUACGCACUGGUGGACAUCCUGAGCAGUACUGAACACGUGGACAGCAGCCAGCGCUACAAGAUCGUGAGGAUCAUCGGGCAUCCCGACUACAAGCCGCCUAAGAAGUACAAUGAUAUCGCUCUGCUGCAAACGGAGGUUGAGUGGGUAUCCGAAAAUAUACGUCUAAUAUUUGUAACUGCUCACCAGAUGUCGCUAGUUGAUAUUGAGGUAAAGUUUUAG